UCGAUGAUUGUUGUUUAGAGCUCAGAGCGAUGGCUGCCUUUCACUUGUUACUCAUUGCGUUUCAUUUGCUGCUGAUUGUCGACGGCCAGCUGGACCAAGUUGACGAGGAACCCAGCGCCGUCACGUUAAUACCAAGCGAUGAAGAAAUCAUCGUCAGAAAAGGUCAGACUCUUUUGCUGGUGUGCCAAAUUCAAGGUCCAGCCGUCACGAAUUGCUCCUGGGAGUUGAACGGCGUCGUGCGGAUGCUGGACAACAUCACCAUCGAAAAUCGACUAGUCAACACGGAACAUUAUGGAAAGUGUCGAAUUGCAAUGAAGGUGACGCCGGAAGAUAUUGGCCAAUGGACGUGCAACAUCUUGACAGACGCCGUCGACGCCCGUCCCAAAAGUGCCACCACCAAAGUUUCCCUCUUUCAAGGGAAGCCGAGGACUAUUGCCGGACUGGUCACCAUCGUUCUUAUAGGCGUCAUUAUCUUGGCUACGUACGUCAUCAGUUUUACCCUCUUGAAAAUUUGUAGGUUUGAUCACGAGCGAAAUUUCAAAGGAAAAAAUAAGAAAAAGGUCUCGAAAAAGAGAUUGGUGUCGGCAGUCAGUCGAGGCUCGUCAAGAGAAAGUAGCGACCAAUUUGAAGAAGAUGUUGUCAUGACAACAAACCCAGCAUAGCCAUCGAUCGCUAUCCCUGAAAAGAAUAACUUGUCGAGAGAGGACAACACUGAAAAUAAACUCGCGACGGAAACAA